GGGCGUGGCCACCGGCGCCCGGAGCCGCUGUCAUGGCGCUCACCCGGGCCAGCCCGCCCGAGGUGGUGCGCGCCGCGCAGAAGGACGAGCACUACCGGAGCGCGCUGCGGAGCGCGGCGGGCGGCGCCGUGCACAGCCUGGCGGGAGCCCGGCGCUGGCUGGAGUGGCGCCGGGAGCUGGAGCUGCUGGCCGACGCCGCGUACUUCGGGCUGACCACGCUGGCGGGCUUCCAGACGCUGGGCGAGGAGUACGUGGGCGUGGUGCAGGUGGAGCGCGGCGGCCGGCGGGUGCCGUCGGCGGCGCGGCGCGCGCUGCUGGUGGCGCUGCACUGCCUGCUGCCCUACGCGCUGGACCGCGCGCUGCUGCGGCUGGAGCUGGCCCUGCAGCCCGACCCGCGCCGCGCCUCCCUGGGCGGGCCGGCCGCCGGCGGGCGCGGGCCGGGCUCGGGCUCGGGCCGCGCGGGGGCCUGGCGCUGGCUGCAGCGGCGCGCGGCGGGCCUGGGCGAGCCGCGCAGGAAGCUGCUGCUGCAGGGCCUGGCGGGGCUGCGGCGCGCGCUGGACGGGCUGCAGCGCCUCCACGUCGCCUGCUUCUACCUCCAGGGCGCCUUCUACCACCUGUCCAAGAGGGCCGCGGGGGUCACCUACGUGAGUGCCCCGCCCCGCUGCCAGCGACCCUGGGUCACGGCUCCCCGCCGCCCGCAGCUCCGCGCCCCCCGCCUCCAGGCCGAGGACCCGCGGGCCCGCGCGAGCUACCGCCUGCUGGGGCUGCUGUCGCUGCUGCACCUGGCGCUGGUCCUAAGCCUGCAGCUCUACGGCUUCCGGCAGCGGCAGCGGGUCCGCCGAGAGUGGCCGCUGCCCCGCUGCAGCGCUCAGCGCAGGAGCCACGCAGAGGACCGAGCGGGCGCCCGGAACUCCCUGUGCACGCUGUGCCUGGAGGAGCGGCGCCACACGGCCGCCACGCCCUGUGGCCACCUCUUCUGCUGGGAGUGCAUCACGCAGUGGUGUGACACCAAGACGGAGUGCCCCCUGUGCCGGGAGAAGUUUGUGCCCCAGAAGCUGGUCUACCUGCGACACUACCGCUGAGCCAGGGUCUGAGGCCUGAACAGCACAGGAGCCCAGGCCCUUAGGGCACAAUGUCUGCCUGUCCCCAGCCAAAGCUGUUGGAAUAAAAGGAUUACCUCCCUUGGAGACAAGGUA